AUGCCUGCAGUCACUUCUGGAAAGGCGCUGGUAACAGGUGCCAAUGGUUUCGUCGCCAUGUGGCUCGUGCGCAAGCUGCUCGAGCGCGGCUUCUCCGUCCGAGGCACUGUCCGGUCUGAAAGCAAGAUCGCGCCCGUCAAGCAAGCCUUCGCCGGGUUCGGUGACAAGCUCGAGUUUGCCAUCGUCGAGGACAUCGCGAAGGAGGGCGCUUUCGACGAGGCGGUCAAAGGCGUCGACCUGAUCCAGCACACGGCCUCGCCCGUGCACUUGUUCUCCGUCGAGCCCGACGAGCAGAUCAUCCCUGCCGUGAACGGCACGGUGGGCAUCCUCAAAUCCGCACUGACGUACGGCACUUCCGUCAAGCGCAUCGUCUACACCUCCACCUGUGGCGCGAUCCGCGAGAACCCGACGACGCCGCGGCUAUUCAGCGAGGCGGACUGGAACGAUGCGGCCCUUGCGGACGUGCGCGCGCGAGGCCGCGAGGCCGACCAGCUCGCAAAAUAUCAGGCAAGCAAGGUCCUCGCAGAGCGUGCCGCGUGGGAGUUCGUCGACAAGAACAAGGAGAGCAUCGGCUGGGACCUCGUCGUAUGCAACCCGCCAUGGAUACUUGGCCCGACGCUCCAGCCCGUGAGCAAGCCUGACGACCUCAACGAGAGCAUGAAAAUCUGGUAUUACGCGAUCAUCAACGGUAUUGAUGCAUCGGGGAAUCCGCAGAAGAAAGAAUUUUACACGCACUUUGGGAUGACCUGGAUCGACGUGCGGGACGUCGCGGAGGCAUUGACCGUCGCUGCUGAGAAGGAAAGAACAGCCGGCGAGCGCAUAAUCAUCUCAACGAGCCCUUGGAAGGGCCAAGACUUCCUAAAUGCGGCGAGGAAGUUCUAUACAAACGUACCCGUGGGCGACGAGUCCUACGAUCCCGCGACAGCGACGCACCUCGUGACGUUCGACACCUCCAAGGCGGACCGCUUGCUUGGUCUGAAGUACUUCACCAUUGAGGAGUCGACGCGCGAUAUCAUCGAGCAAGGCAAGGCUAAAGGCUGGAUCUGA